AUCCCGAAGAAGUGCUACGGUGUUUUGAAUUAGUGCCUUGAAUUGUUGUCUCUAGAUACAAUAAUGAACGCUUUCAGCGUCUUCAUUGGUCUUUGGAUUCUUAUUAAUUUCAUUAAUAUCUCGGAAGGAUCUCCUCCAUCUGAGAAAAGAAUUCUGAACGAAGGAGAUAUCAUGAACUUGAGAUGUUCUACUGUACGGGAUCCUGAUAUCAUAUCCUAGGUCCGCCGCAGCCACAUUUCAAACCAAAACGGGACAAAAUACAUUGCCGAGGCCGGUAAGUCAUUUCCAAAUGGCAAAAUCUUCAAGGAAUUUCGUGAUGAUUCGCGUAUUUCAGUCAUCUUUGAAAAUGACUCGAUUGAAGACGGUAGUGUGAAUUACACGCUUUACAUUUCAAACAUAAGUAGGCAAGAUUCGGCCGAGUAUGCGUGUUUUUCAAUUACGGAUUCGACCUAUGAAUUCACAUCGUUCUAUGACAUCCAUGUUGUGGGUUGCAAUUGCUCCAUUGACACAAACGUACAUUGCGACAUUCUUAGUUUUAACACCCCCAUUGAAGGAUCUGUAAAAAUCAUCUUUAACGGAUCAACGGUUAAAGUUUCAUUGAUUGAAAAUCGUUUUAAGUUUUCUCGAGAUCAUCUGAGUACUUUGCCUCAAGAGUAUAUCCUCGUGUCUUUAGAAUAUGAUAAUUUUCGAUCUAAUAUACGAUGCAUUCUUCCCCUACAAUCGUUCCCGCUAUCUAGGCGGAAAACAACAACAAUGUCAUCUAUCUCAUCAAGACGACCUACAUCCGAAGAAGGCACGAAAAUGGUUACCAGCCGCACCAAUAAACCUCCAACGGAUGAAUCCACAGACACAACGACACACGUGUAUAUGGAAUCAACAGUACCUGCAACAAUACUCCAGACGUCUCGUCCCACUUUUACAGGCUAUAGUUCUUUUGAGAAUUCCACUAGAAUGACCGCUUUGCCAUCAAAGGCGACUGGAACGUCUUCGACAACAUCAUGUACCACAACGCAAAAGCAAAUGCAUUCAACGAAAGAAAGGUCUUCAAAUGCAUCAUCCGAGAGACCUGAUUGUGCAUCGACCGAGUCAAAGGUUCCCCCGUCAUCAUCCACAUCCCAACCAUCGGGACAAACGAUACAUUCUCCUUUCUCCCAGCCGUCUAGUCGCACUUUUGCAGUUGAUAAUUCUCUGGAGACUUCCACUAGUAGGACUCUAACUCAAACAACUUGGUCAACACAAAAGGCUCACCCCCACCCUCCAUCGAGACGUGUCCAUUCCUCUACAGUAGCACCAUCUACGACAACGAUCCUAAAUGAACAAAAAAUAAAAGGUGAUAAAGCAUAUAUCGUCCUUAGCAAGACGGUUGUACUUGCAGUAGCCGUGGGUGUUUCGGUCGUGCUGAUCUUCAUGAUGGCUUUCAUAGUUGCCUUGAUUGGGAGACAAGCGUUUCGGUCCCAAAGUGGUCAAAUUGAAAGAAAUAUCACCUGUUUAGAUUCUACUGAUGAGAGUUUUACCUCAAUCGCUGUCCAUCUAAACCACGACUACGAGAGGACCAUAACUAGAACGCAGGAUUCAACAUCUACCGACGUUGAAGUUGCUACUCUGACAUAUCCGAUCAACAUCUUGCCUCUCCCACAUAGGCCUUCCCCACCAAGUUCAUAUGACUACGAGGAAGUGGAAGGCCAUCUUAUAAACACUUUUGAAGGAGAGUAUAUGUUGCCUGACCUACAAGAAGGAUCUUCAGAUGGCUACCUUGACAUGAUAUCCAACGUCAAGAAAGGGGAUGCAUGCGGUAAUGCUCUUCCACUCGUCACCAUUCGAAACAAAAUGACCGAAAGGCCUAUAUCAGAAGAAAAUGGUUACCUCGUUCCAAAUGUGGAACAGUACAAGAGUCGGGAUAUGUAGGCCUACCAUUCUAUAGAACACAGGGUCGAAACUGUUCUCUAAGAAAACGGAUGGUUUCGGGCCUAUUCCAAUCGCGACUUCAGUAGAUCCAAAAUACAUGAAUAAAAACAGCUAUUUCCCACAUUGUGAAGUUGCUAGGAUGAGGGACCAUGCAGUUAUGAGAUCCACAGUACACAUAUUAUUAUCAGCUAUUUUGGGGGGUUGCAUAUGGUACACGUUAUCAUACUACCUUUUUUAAUUACCCCCCCCCCCCGGG